ACUGGAGUUCUAUGGAGUUCUAUGCCUAAUCCCAAAUGCUUUCCAUUAAUUCAUGCAAAUUUAUUACUGGAAGCUUACUCAUAUUUCACAUUGGUGUGCUUGCUGACUCUGUCACUAUUCUUCCUUCAUCUCCUAGAUACACCAAAAUGAAGACAGCCACCAACAUCUAUAUUUUCAACCUUGCUCUGGCAGAUGCCUUAGCCACCAGUACCCUCCCCUUCCAGAGUGUCAAUUACCUAAUGGGAACGUGGCCAUUCGGAACCAUCUUGUGCAAGAUCGUGAUCUCCAUAGAUUACUAUAACAUGUUCACCAGCAUAUUCACACUCUGCACCAUGAGUGUCGAUCGCUACAUUGCAGUCUGCCACCCUGUCAAGGCCUUGGAUUUCCGCACCCCCCGAAAUGCCAAAAUUGUCAAUGUCUGCAACUGGAUCCUCUCUUCAGCCAUUGGUCUUCCUGUAAUGUUCAUGGCAACAACCAAAUACAGGCAUGGUUCCAUAGAUUGUACGCUAACAUUCUCUCACCCAACCUGGUACUGGGAAAACCUGCUGAAGAUCUGUGUUUUCAUCUUCGCCUUCGUCAUGCCUGUCCUCAUCAUUACCGUGUGUUAUGGACUGAUGAUCUUACGCCUCAAGAGUGUGCGCAUGCUCUCUGGCUCCAAAGAAAAGGACAGGAACCUGCGCAGGAUCACCAGGAUGGUGCUGGUGGUUGUGGCUGUGUUCAUCGUCUGCUGGACCCCCAUCCACAUCUACGUCAUCAUCAAAGCCUUGGUUACCAUCCCAGAAACGACGUUCCAGACCGUUUCUUGGCACUUCUGCAUCGCUCUAGGUUACACAAACAGCUGCCUCAACCCGGUUCUUUAUGCGUUUCUGGAUGAAAACUUCAAACGAUGCUUCAGAGAGUUCUGUAUCCCAACUUCCUCCACCAUCGAGCAACAAAACUCCACUCGAAUUCGCCAGAACACUAGAGAUCACCCCUCCACGGCCAAUACGGUGGAUAGGACUAACCAUCAGCUAGAAAAUCUGGAAGCUGAAACUGCUCCAUUGCCCUAACUGGGUCUCGUGCCAUUUAGACCCUCACCAAGUUUAAGAGCCACCAUCUGUGUGAAGCAGGUCGCUGCAAGAAUGUGUGGGAGGCUCUAGUUCCCUAGGAAAGUGCCUGCUUUGGAAUCAUCAAAACUCUCUGGCCACCCAACUCUGAACAGCGGAGGGACAUCUAAACCAAGUCGAGCAUUUGGAAGGAAAGGAAUAUACCACGCUAAGGAGCCCAGCUUGUGUCACGAGGAAGACCCCCAGUGGGACCAACACACACCAUGGUAUGUGAAUUGAGGUCAUCAUAGAAGGUAACCCUUCUGUAUGUAAUAGUUUGUUUUCAAGCAAAUAUUUAUGACCUCCUCAAAGACAAACCACCAAUUGUUAAAUUCACCAUAGUAACAUGUAAAUGCUACCUCUGAUCAAAGUCCCUUGUGUGAUAAGUCCAAGUCUUUCUAGUGUUUUGUAAAGGAAUAUAUUCUUCUAUUUUUGAUCUUUAAUGUUCACCUUAAAAUUAUCAUCUGGUAAAGACAUCAUUUCCACCUCCAUGUCUUGGUUUUGUAUUGUUUCAAUGAAUAACAUCUCUCUUACCUUGCUCCAUAAUUAUAAGGGAAGAGAUGAAUGUGAAAGGUAACCUGAAACUCAGUCACAUGUCAGCUGCAGAAAGGUUGAUUCUUGUGCACCGCAGAUACUUCCUAAGUCAGAAUGGGGGAUUUUCCAUUGUUAGGCUUUCAGUGGUUUGCUCUCCAG